AAAAGGUCUUCCAUUUCCAGUCCCCCGUCUUAUCCCAUCUCUUGCGAGGCUGAAGACGGUCACCAACAGCCAAGCCAAGCCAGACCAAGCGAGGACAGAAGGAGAGGGCGUUGGCAGAGUGCCAGAAGUGCCAGAAGUGCCUAAAGUGCCUAGCAAGCAAAGCGGAGAGCGCCUCCGUCGACACGUGCCCGCUGCCGCCCUCAGCAUUCCAGCCGCCCGCCUCGUCUCAUCCCAUCUCUUGUUCACGUCCAUGUCCAUGUCAAAGCUCGUCUCGUCUCUGUGCUCAGAUGCAGCUUGAGCCUGUUGCUUACACGACCACGACGAUCGACGCGAGCUUACCCAGGAUAUCGUGCCGUCACAUUGGUUAAUAUAGCACACUGCACUGUGACGGGCACGCCACCACGGCAUCUCCCUCUAUCGGCUACAAAGACGGUGCCUCGUGGCCGGCAAGGAGGCCGAGACAAGACUGACUGACUGCCUGCUGCCCCAACGCUAAGCCUGCAUUUGCCUGCUCGCUUAGUCGUUCGCCGUCGACGGACACUUGAGUACUCCAUCGACACCAUGACAUAGUCGCCAUCCGCGCGCCUACUCGACACGCCUUGCCCACUUCCCGACCGAAACGUGCAGGUACACGCACCUACCUAGCCACACACGCGCACUGGUCGGCCGUUUCUAUGCUCAUGCCACCCCGUCUGCGCCGUCCAAGACAGGAGACGCACAAUGGCGGGCCCUUCCCCUGACAUGCCCUCCUACCCCUUGCCCCAAUCUAGCCAUGUUGUACCCGAAGCCUCGGUCAUGAAAUUGACCAGAGGCCACUCAUGCGUUCUCUGUCAACAACGUAAAGUCCGCUGCGACAAGAACAAGCCUUGCGCAAACUGUGUCAAGGCUGGUGUCGACUGCAAGGUCGUCCCGCCUCAGCCACCUCGACGUCGCAAGAAAAAGCCACAGGAGAGAGAACUCGUCGACCGCCUGAGGAAGUAUGAGGCCCUGCUCUCUCAGCAUGGUGUCGACUUUGAGCCGAUUGGCCAGCAUCUCAGGGCCUCCGAUAUAGCCACCGAUGAGGUCGACGAGAUCGAGCACGGUAUCGAGGGCCUAAAGACAUCUCCUUCCUCGACAGGACAGGAUGGCGCCUCUGCCGACAAGGCGCUUUCCAAGUGGUUCCCACACUAUAAAGACCAGUUCAGAACACAAGAUGCCCAGUUCAGGGAUUCUUCAGACGAUGGCUCCGAUGGUCCAAUGAUCCAUCAUGCGUUCGACAAGAUGUUUGAUGGCCAAGAUGGCUUUCCGUUCGUCAUUGGAGGGUCAACUUCAUCCGUCACCAACCUCCACCCUCCAGGCGUACAAAUAUUUCAACUCUGGCAGAUCUAUCUUGAGAACGUCAACCCGUUAUUGAAAGUGACGCAUACACCUACUAUACAAGGCUCGUUGAUCGAGGCAGCUGCCAAUCCCGCAAAGAUCGCGAAACCACUCGAGGCCCUCAUGUUUAGCAUCUAUUUCAUCGCUGUCAUAUCUAUGACUGAGAACGAAGUGCAAGAGACCUUUCACGAUGAUAAGAAUCGACUCCUCUCCAAAUACCAUCACGGUACCCAGCAGGCCCUGGUCAACGCUGGAUUCAUGCGGAGCCCCGAUCUUGUCGUCCUACAGGCAUAUGUAAUGUAUUUGCUCUGUGUCCGCCAAUACACGGACCCACGCUCUUUGUUUUGUCUAAUAGGCAUUGCUGUUCGCAUUGCCCAACGGCUGGGGCUUCACCGAGACGCGGAGCAGUUCCAUCUUGCCCCAUUUGAAGUCGAGCUGAGGCGUCGGCUCUGGUGGCAGCUGGUUGUCUUCGACAAGAGGAUCGCCGAGAUCACAGGUUCGACAAUCACUGCCCUGGCAUCCAGCAAGGGUGAUUGCAAGUGGCCCCUGAACAUAAACGAUACAGACCUACACGUCCACGCCAAGGAUCGACCUGCGCCUCACAUCGGACCCACCGAGAUGCUAUUUUGCCUGACAAGAUUUGAAUUAACAGCUGCUGUAGACGUUGAGGGCAUCCGACCGGCACCGAACCUUUCAGCGACCGGUGGCAAGCCGAAGUUCCAGUACAGCGCGUCGCCACAUUCCUCCGACGUCGUGACGAACGCCGCCAAUCACAACCUACCGCUCGUAGAUCUAGACAGCUAUGUGGCCUGGAUUGAGGACAAGUACCUGAAGCACUGCGAUCCAAAGGUCCCCUUACACCUCUUCACCCUACUGAUGACCCGGCAAGCUGUCUCUAAACUCCGCAUCAUCGACUACCUCUGUCACGGGCAUCUACAACAACAUCCGGACCCCAAAACCGUACCAGCAGGCUCCGAGCGCGCAUUACGCGAAUCUAUAUUUGAGGAAGGAGUGCGCGUGGUCGAGUAUGAUAUCAUGAUCCAAGGGCAUGAGGCCCUCCAGGGUUUCAAGUGGUUUACAUUCAUGCACUUCCCCCUGCCAGCAUAUAUGUAUCUGGUCGGGGAGUUGAAGUACAUAACCAGUGGCGAUAUGUGCGAGCGAGCGUGGGCGGCGAUACUCGAGGACUAUGACAAAAGAGGAUUGGUCAACAAUCUGAGGAGCCCGAUGCACACAGCCAUGGGUGGAAUGAUGCUCAAGGCUUGGGAUGCAUACGAAGCAGCCAAGAAGCAAAUGGGUAAACCCUUAUCACCACCGCCAAAGAUCAUUGGGAUUCUUCGAGACCGGACAAAAUCUAUGAACACGAGUAGCAAAGAUGCCUCCUCCUCAUCACAACAUUCAGGACCAGAGUCGAGCGGCAGGGUCAAUGUCAGUGCAUCGAGUGGCCAGGGUGGCUACGUCGGGCGGCAGCAGCAGCAGCAGCAGCAGCAUCAACAACAACAACAACCCGAUAUGAACAUACAUAGCGCAGGGAGUUCGCCGCCGAUUGUGUCUGCGCCUGGCGCCGGUGGGAUGGAGUCCAUGGGCGGUGCGAUGUUCCCUGGUGUCGGCUUUGAGGGGAUCAAUCCGCACAUGUUCAACUCUGGGGUCAUGCCUAGUGACAUGGAUUUUGGCGCCAUGGAUUGGAGCUCGGUCUCCACGUGGGGAGGUGCCUUCGCUACAGGAUACGACCCGUUCACACAACCGGGAAUGUCAGCACCAUAGACCAGGCUCGCACUCUGAAAGGAACCAAUGGGCCGGCGGCCAUUUCGUCCGCGGCCGGCAUAGCUUGAAGAGGUUAUCACGGUGUAAUUGACGACAAUGAUGUUGACGAACUUGCAAAUUGUUAUACCCUGCUAUCUUGUAUAUAUAGGCGCUAUUGACAGCAACAUACUACUCAUUGAGGUAAUACCACAUACACGCCAUCCGACUUCAAA